GUUCAACCAUUUGUCUAAUCUAUCAUGUAUUUCUAUGAUUAAUCUAAUACCCUCCUGCUGAUCUUUGCUUUCCUCAUUGGCCUUCUCGACCUGCAUCUGCCCUCCGCUGUCCGUUUCCUACCGCGUGGCCCACCCGCUGCUGAAAACCGACAACGCGACCGGUCCCGACUUGGAGCUCAAUUUUCGCGAAACGCAACGCAGCGAAUCCAUACUCUCAAUCCCCAAGCACCUAAUCACUGAUGCUGAGAUAGCAAAGGCCCAUUGAAGCUUACGGAGGAGCGCACAAGUCACCCAACAUUCCAUCAUGCGUCUCCACCUCGUCAUCCAGCGUCACGGCUUGCCGGUGACGCGCAUUCUUUGGACGACGGCGCCGCCCUCGCUUUUGGGCCAGACUGCCCCCGGGUCUUCGGCCGUUGUUCCUGCCGCCUCGUCUGCCAUCGCGUCCACGCGCACGCCGAAUGCGCUGUAUGCGAACGGCGGCUAUACCAUUGCGCAGCUCCUUGAGGAUGUCAAUGGUGUUAUUCCGCUGGAGACCGAGCCGACCUUGUUCGAUAGUGAGUGCAGUGGACAAUGGGGGCUGGAAGAUUACGUGGUGGAGGUGGCGGGCUCGGAGUGUCUGCAUUUUAUGGAAGUCGAGGGUCUCCUUCGGGAUGGAGACGAAGUUUUAAUACGAGCUCUUCAACUCUCUGACUUGCGCGCCCGACGCCUUUCCGGUCGACACCAAAUAUCCACCGAUGGCAGACAUCUGAUCGAUGGCGUGCCGUUCGGAAAGCCUUUUUUGAAAAGACCUACCUCGUCGAGACCCGCUAUCACGAUACCUCCGAGAAAGAAGAGACGUACGAGCCUGGUGAGCUGGGGCGAUGGGCCUGCUGGCUACGAGGAGGAGGACACAGAAUGGGCGCCAGGCGGGCGAGUCCGAUCAUUCAAAGAGCUUUCGGCCCUACGGGCUGGGAGUGGGUCCGAAAGCAAGCCUGACGAUGAUGAGUACGAAGAUGCUUUUCAGGACGACUACGAAGAUUUCCACCAAGUCCCCGAAGAUACCGGAGACGGCACGGUUAUUCGAUACAAUGUGGACCAGAACGAUGAUCAAGCCUCUGAAAGUGACGCCGACAUAUCUGACUUUGAUGCCGGGGAUUUGACGGAGGAAUUAAAGGACCUCAAAGAGGACACCGAGACAUCUGGUAUGCCUGAAUCUGAGAAAAAAGCAGAUGACGAACAGGCUGGUCACGGUGGCUACUCCUUGCGCAAAAGAACGAGUCUGCACCAGGCCCCAAGACCCUCUAUCCUGCAAAACGCUGGCAAGAAGAUUCCAGACGCCGAUGCUUCACGAAGAGAUUCCAAGGCGGUCAGGUUUGAGGGACAAAAAGAGCCAUCGCCGCCACCACCGUUGUUCCCUACUCAAAAGUCUCCAGUGACCAAACAGCCAGAAGAGGUAGAUUCCGCUGCGGUCCAAAAUUCUAGCAGCAGCAGCAGCAGCAGCUCAUCUUCGGAUGAAUCCAGCGAUUCCAGCUCGGAUAAUGACAAAAGCUCGUCGCCUUCGGAUUCCUCUGAUUCAGACUCUUCUGACUCGGAUUCCGACUCCAGCUCCGAUUCAGACGACUCGGCCUCAGAAUCCGAGCUCGAAGGUGUGUCUGGUCUAACUUCGAAGACCAACCCACCUGGUUUGGGCUCCGUGCGAACCAAAAAAAGCAACCAGCGCAACAAGAUGCGACGAAGGCUAGCAAAACUCAAGGAACUUGGCGCUCUACCGGCCGAGGCAGACUUUGCCGCUCUUCGAGAUCUGGAAGAAAAGCACGGAGGGUCGUAUCGUUUCCCUGCAGCUGCACCUAGCAGCAAAGAGAGCGAACAGACAGAAUUCGAAGCGAAGCGACAGAAGCUGCUUCGUGAUCUUGAAUCAGGAGGAAUCGACAUCACCGAAAAGGAGAACGUGCCCCCCGGAAGUGACAAAGAGAACAACCAAGUAAACAAUCAAGUGUCGGAGAAUGCCAAUGAAGCUAGUCCCGGAUCAAAGCGCCGCACGCUAGACGUUGCAAGCUCUCGACGACUGCUCUUCGGCUCUCUUGGAGUACGGACACCUCGGACCAAGGAGGACGAAGAAGCCACGCGGAAAAAGCUGGCCGGAAAAGUCAGAAACAAUGUUACCCAGAAAGUGGCCGCAGAAGAAGUACCUAUCGCGGACAUCGAAAGUGACUCGGAGGAGAACUGGGAAGACAAGUUACUCAUACGAGCCACCGAGUGCAUCUUUGAUGAUGUCGAGUUGACUGCGCCUCCUUUCCCCUUUGAGCAGCGUUGGGACGCCGAAGCUGGCGAUAUCAUUAGGCAGCGCAAGGGAUACGGCAAGAAACGGAAGAGAAAGCAGCGCAUUCAGGUGUACGACGGGCAAGAGGAGGAGGAAGAGUAUUAUGGUAAUGAUGACUAUUGGCCCGGAGAUGAAGACGGUCUAGAGCUCAACUACGACGACACGGAGCAGCCUAACCUCGACAUGGAAGGCGUGGAGCAGACCGGACAAGAGGAUACGGCGAAGUCAUCGGAAGAGACGGGCGACCUUCCUGAAAUCCCCGAUGAUCUGGCAUCGCUUGGGGAUCUGGUAGAAGGCGAUUUGAAAAAGGGCUCGGUCAUUGCCUUCAAGCAACUGGACAUGUCGAAAGCGACCAACUGGCAGCCUACCGUGUCUGAAUACCGAGUAGCCAGCAUCCAUGAGGUGUUUGAAGACCAAGUCCUCAAGCUUCAGCUGGCCAAGCGCGAUUGGAGGCAGCCGAAGGAGGUCGAAGAUGACGAGGACGAACCGGAGUAUAGCGGAUUCGAAAUGCCUGGGUUUGAUGACGACGAAGCGGAGGACGAUGGAUUUCGCGAAGUGUCGUUUUCGGAUCUCAUCGAUCCCAAGCUUCUCCGAGCGGCCAGUGCUGCAGGCGGCCCCGGAGAUGCCGAGAAAGCCAGCUUCUCUCCGCCAGAGCCGCCUCAACGGAGUCCAACGCCGGAUGCGAAAGCAGACGAGAAGGCACCUCCGGAAGACCGGCCAUUAACUCAAGAAGACCCCGACCCACUAACGAAGGACGCAGUCGACGCCGCAAGGGCCUCUGGCGAGGAUUCCAGCUUCGGCGUAAAAUCGCCGGAGUUUCACGGAUUCCAGUCCUCCGACGAGGAAUUGGGCUCGGCAUCACCGGGCCAUUCGCACAGUCCCCAAGCAAACCAUGAGGCCGGAGACGACGAUGAGGAUCCAAACUCUGGUGUUCGUCUUUCUGAACCGUCCACUCCACCUUCCACCGUGCCCCAGAAUCGGUCGGAGAACGAAGCAGCACCACUGCCAACGGGGUCGGGCCCGGACCUGGAGAUGAUCAGCAGCCCUGAAUCCUUCGAGUCCUUCAAUCGCCUGAUCGCGUCGCUCUUUGACAAUAAGGUCGGGAUCAAAAAGUCCCCAACUCCGGUCCCGAAAGCAGAGAAGGCAGCGGAGCAGAAGUCAAAGACAGAGCCCAACGGCGGGAAAGAACAAGAACAAGCACAAGACGAACCAGAAUCCGCAAGGCCGGCGUCUCGGUCAUCAGCAUGUUCGGUCGUUCCCAAUCCAUUCUACGAGGUCGACCGAGCGUACGAGGAGCAGCAACGACGCAAUUCUACGAAGACCAAGAACAGCCUCGGUGCCAAGGACGGUGAUACCACGAUGGAUUAUCUCUCGGCCAUCGAGUAUGCCUCCUCCCCGGCUUCGCGCCAGUCCCCGACCUCUGCUCAGCGGCCGUCAUCUCCAACUCAGCAGGAGGAGUCGCUCAUCAGCGCCGUACCCGAAACUCUUGUCGAGAAUCCUCCCGCGCCAGAGGACGACGCUCUACCGCCGCCAGAUUCCCAAAUGUCCUCUCAGGUGAUCGACUUGACCCAGUCCAGUCCUCUCGUUUCACCCGACGGGAGCGACGAGGACUUUGCCCGAUCCCAUCGCCUGCCUCGAGGGCCGGGGUGGGUGCAAAAGAACAUACCGCCGACUCGGAGAGUGACGCGCCAUUCGUUGGGGGGACGCAGGCGACUGGCCAGCAUCAGUCCUCCGGCUCCACGACGACGGGGGAAGAACAGGAGAUGAAUGAGAGAAGGCUAGUUGUGAUUGUAUUGUACUGUACAUAGAUAGCUCCACCGGAGUUCCA